AUGACUUCGAUCGCAGGUUCAAUCCGUAAAGCGGGUCGAUCGUCGUCAUCAUACCUCUUCUGCAAUUACGAAGUUUGGGAAACAUUGUUUGAGGAAAGAGAAGACUUGGAGAGAAUGUCUGAUCAAAUAUCAAAAGGUCUAGAAUUUGAGAAGAAAGCUGAUAAAAAACUGAGUGGGUGGGGCCUCUUUGGAUCCAAGUACGAAGAUGCUGGUGAUUUAUUUGAAAAAGCCGCCAAUUGUUACAAGCUUGCUAAAUCUUGGGAUCAAGCCGGAGCUGUAUAUGUGAAGUUGGCUCAGUGUUAUUUAAAGAGUGAAAGCAAACACGAGGCUGCUAAUGCUUAUGCUGAUGCAGGUCAUGCAUACAAGAAAACAAACACCAAGGAGUGUGUAGCUUGCCUAGAGCAAGCAUUAAAUUUGUUCAUGGAAAUUGGGAGGCUCAGCAUGUCUGCAAGAUAUGCCAAGGAAAUUGCUGAGUCAUAUGAACAAGAGCAAAACUUGGAGCAAGCAAUCGCUUACUAUGAUAAAGCAGCUGAUCUUUUUCAAGGUGAAGAAGUAACAACUUCUGCUAACCAAUGCAAACAGAAAAUUGCUCAGUUUUCAGCUCAACUUGAACAAUAUCAGAAAGCUAUAGAGAUUUAUGAGGGUGAUGUCAUCGCCAUCACAAAUGCUUUGGAUCGUUAUCAGGAACUGGACCCCACUUUUUCAGCAACACGUGAAUACAGAUUACUCGCCGAUUUAGCCGCUGCGCUAGACGAGGAAGAUGUUGAAAAAUUUACUGAUGCUGUGAAGGAAUUCGACAGCAUGACAAAGCUGGAUGAGUGGAAGACGACGCUUCUAUUGAGAGUAAAGCUGUUGAUCAAGGCCAAGGAGGAUGAGGAAGACGAUCUUACUUGAGAGUUGGUUUUGUACGACAUAACAUAAUACGCAAGAUUUUUAUCGUAUUUGUGGUAUUGCUUGUUAUUAUCUUUGUGUUUUUAUUUAUGUGUGGAUUUUUUCAGAUAUUUGGGGUUUGUUUGGGAAAAUAUGUAAUUUCAUUAUUAGGACAUCUGCAUAGUAUUAAGAUUUUGGUUUAUGAAGAUGAUCGUGUGCUUUGAUCUUUAGAGUCCAGAGGUUCUAUCCUCCAACAGUGUGC